GUGUCACCAUGGCGACCAGAGAGUUGACAACGAAGGAGAAUUAAUGCAGCCAACUUAUGGAUUUAACACAGUGACAGCUGUUUAUUUUGUAUCGUUAACGUCAUAUUCAAGGCCUUUAAAUUUUUGUUUUGUUUUGUUUUUAAAAACUGUCAAAUUAAUGCUCUUUUAAAAAUUCACGACCUUAAAACUUCCUUGCAAAUAUAAAUUAUCUUGUAACUGUCACAACGUUGUCAAGACCAGCGGAACAAAUGGCAGCUUCGAAAGCAGUCGUUCCCGGAAAGGCAUUAAGAAGGUCCAAAAGCGCUGAGAAAUCAUCCCCGGCGUCCACUCGGGGCUUUAUGGGAAGGUAAUCUAACAGACUGUAAGACUGCCAUCUGAGAUCCUGAUGACGAUUUUGUCAUACCUGGAUACCGCCACACUUUUCCGCAUAAGCCACAUCAAUAAGCGCUUCUAUCAUCUCGCCAGCAGCAAUGCGCUGUGGAAAAAGCAAUACAUUGCAGAUUUUGGUAAGAAUGAAAAAUGCACGGGCAAACGUCUGUCAGGGAUGGCCAUAAUGGAGGUGCGGGAUCAAGCCACAGGUUACAAUAAGAGGCUGUACUUUGAGACUAUAGGCCAGUGUGACAAGAUCAAGUGGAUGAAGCGUCUUGAACUCAUCAGUAGUCACACAGGGCUACCCAGCGAAACAGAGAGGAUCCUCAGAAACCUGCAAAUCACCUGGGAACUGGCAGUCAUUGAUAAGUCAGGGUGUAAGAGGACUUUGGAGCUGAGCUGGUGCCACUUCAUUGAGACUUCUGUGACACUGUGCUUGUACGGAGGCUGUUUGCCUAACUACGAUCAGAUUUCCACCCUCCAACUCUACGGUGUCAGGAGGCUAGCCCACGUCGGCCUGAAACUUGUUCGGAGGUCCCUCAUGGCAAAGUUAGACAUGCAGACUCUAACUAAGAACACACAGGUCAUUGGCCAGGACAGACUGGUGCAGCUUAAGUUGCUACAGCCUGAUGUCAUCAUCGGUGUCUGGAGGGACCAGUGCUCAGUUGCCUUUAUCAUGUUCAACCUCCACAUCCACAGGCUGGUGGAAAGAAGCAUUCAGGGAUCUUCCAUUUGUCCGUAUGUGGAGCCAAUGGUCCGACCCCCUUACUGUGACACAGACCCUGAAUACGGUCUCCAUGGUUACCAACUACACAUUGUUCUCCACAACACUGUAUGCGAGCUCAUGUCCAGAAGCUUUUCCCAGCUCUUCUGCCACAGAACUCAGAUCACUGAUGGACUGAUCCCGCUGAUCGCCAUUAAAAGUAAAAACUUGUCGCAGCACACGCCUCUGACAGGCGACAUCACCCUGCCCUGGAGGUGUGAGGUCCUGCAGGGGGCAGUGGAGAAUUGCUGCAUUAUGAAUCUGACGCUGCUAGAUGAAUUUAGGAAGCCAUUCAAGUGUGUGACCUCGCCCGUUUCAGUGGGGCUGGCAAACACAACCCUGUGUUACGACUAUGACGGUGAGCACUACCGGAUCCACUAUCAGGACUCAGACAUUCAGGUGAAGAUGAUGCUCGAUUGGAUGAAGGAACAGAAGCAGUUCAUCCUCAUCAGUUUAGCUGUCUACGUGAGCGCUGACUACGUAAACAAGCAUUUUGGUAGAAAUUACUGAUUCUUCUGUAUUUCUGUCAUAAAACUGGUUUCACCUUUAAUAUUUGCUCCCUCUGUAACACCACCAUAGCAGUUUAUUUGUUCAGUAAAUUUUGUAGCGCAAAGACUACUAGUUAUAUCAUUAUUCUGCCUUG